AUGCACGGCCCAUUCGCGAAUGUCACGAAUGAAACGCCGGGCGGUUCCCCUUUUCACCCCUUGUUGUGCGUAUCUUCGCAGAAAGGUCGAUUGCUGAUUAUGACGACAAAUCACAUCGAGCGCCUGGAUGACGCGCUCAUCCGCCCUGGCCGCGUGGACAGAAAGGUUUUGUUUCAGCUCGCUGAUGAGAAGAUGAGUUCUCGUCUUUUCUGCACGGUUUUCAAGCGGUCGAAUGAGGAUGACAGCAACCCAGAAAAGAAGACCGAUGAUGAAACAAUUGACCGACUUGCGAGUGCCGCCAAGUCGCCUACCGACGCAGUGGCUGAUGCGGACAGCUGGGUUGCUAAAGCCCUCAAAGAAAGGGGAAAGCUGGAGAAUUAUGUCAGGGCACGCGCAAUUGCCAACCCCACUGACUCCUUCGAGGAUCUUGCGGAGAGUUCCCAGGCUCACAACGCGUGA